AUGAAGGGCUUUCUACCAGGGGGGCCAGGAGAAAAUGUCAGCAGAAACUCCAUAGGCUCUCACUCGGACAUUUUCGUUCGCACCUACACCUCCUCUGGAGAAAACGGGGAGAACCUGGAGAUGCAACUGGAGGAACAGAGGAAACAGCAGCAGGUCCGAGCUCUUCUUUCCUGCCCGCAGCCUGCCAAGAACAAAACUCCCACCAAGCGCCAGACCAAGCGGCCUCGUCUGCAGAGGCCUGCCUCCACCACCACCCUCCUGACCUCCCCCAUCAACCAGCAGGCCACCCUGCAGCCCCAGCAGUUCACCGUUCUCUCACCCCUCUCUCUGUCCUCGGUGGGUCAGCCCUUCACCGUAGCAGGCCUACCUAUUGCCUCCCUAGGCCAGUCCUCCAAAACAGUCACCCUGCUUCCCGCUGGCUCGCAGCUCUUCACCCGCUACAUGGUUACCAAUGACGGAAAGACGGACACCAUCACCCUACAUCCGUCUUCGGGCCUCACGCUGGUGGGUACCACCGCUAUGCAGGACUCCUGCCAGCUGGGCACGAUGAUGAGCCCGGUAGAGCUAGUGCACCUCAGCCAGCAGAGCGGCAGCACAGAGGUGGUGCCCAUAGAAGGCCAGGUAAUGGACGGAACCAUGCUGGUGCAGCAGGAGAUGAUGCAGGGGGAGGUGGACACAGUCCAGGAUCACACGGUCAUCGAGAUCAACCCAGCUCCAGUGGAGCAAGCGGUGGGGGUGAUGGAGCUGCAGCUGACUGGGGAGCAGGGCAGAGACGAGGCAGCCAUGGCUGUCCAGAGUGGGAUAGAGGUGACGAUGGCUGGAGAGGAGACGCAGUGCCAAAUACAGCAGGGGCAGACUGAGGGGGUUCAAGGGCUGCAGCUGGAUGCCAGCGGACAGUUGUCAAAUGUACAGAUAGUUGUGAUUGGAGGAAACACUCAGGAAGAAAACCAGGUGAAAUGAGACACACUCUUUUAUCCAGCAUAGCAGGUAUGAACUGAGCAAUCAUCACAGACUUGAAACUGUAAAUACACCAAAUUUCCAAAACCACAAAUUGACUUGGCAUUAGACCAAGUGCAAGGGUAGUCAUUUUCCCUUUUUGGUGCAAGUGUGUGUGUCUGCGUGCGUGGAUGUGUGUGUACAUGCUCUUCUCAACUUGUUUAUUUUUAUUGAAAAAGAGGCAUCACAACAAAGAACCCCGAUGUAUUCUCCUGAUUGUUUUGUAUUAAAAAGAUAGUUGCAGUUUAUCAUAGCUUGGCUUUUGUUUUUCUAGAUCAGGCCAUAAUUUCUGUUGGCUAUUUUAACUCUUGAGAUGUGGCUA